AGCCGCCCGAAACCGGUCCAGUUCGCCGUCGAGUGUGUUUUUGUUUUGUAAAAGAAGAAGAUGAGCGGCAAACAAGGCCCUCCGAAGCACCAAAACAAGGUUGCAUGGAAACCAAACGCCGGCGUCAAAAUCAACGAAACGGAAGUUGGAGGGAGGUUCAGGCCGUUAUCGGAAGUUACUGGAGUCUGUCCUCGCUGUAGAGAUCAGAUUGAGUGGAAACGCCGCUACGGAAAGUAUAAGGGUCUUACUGAACCUGCUAAAUGCCAAAGUUGUACUAAACGAGCUGUUCGCCAAGCUUACCAUAAUCUCUGCAAUGGUUGUGCCAAGGAGCAAGGUGUUUGUGCCAAGUGUCGCUGCAAUGUUAAACAAAUAGUUGGAAGGGAUAUUUCAGAGGUAGAAGCUGAGCAAAAAGAGCUUCAAGAGGCUAUCAAGCAUGCUCGAGAGAGAGAAAGAAGGACUCUGUUGCGAACUUUGAACAAAGAAAAAUCUAGCACUCCAGCUAAUACUACAACCGAAAAAGGAAAUAAGGUUGGGGAGUUAUUUCCAUCAGCAUCACUGGAUGACUAUGCAGAACUAAACAGAGAUGAUUUUGAAAAUGAAGAUAAUGAAAAUGCCAUUAGAGUUUUGUAAUGAAAGAGAUAGAAAUCAAUACGAGCACUUUAUCUAAUGUGCUGGACUUUUUUGGUGCAUGUUGUGGGAGCAGUGCCUGCUUUGUUGCAUUCUCUCAACGAUAAAGAAACAUUCUGAGGCAGACCAUUAUCUCUCACCAUCUUGAACCGUAUGAAAGUCUUUGUUUUCACUAUCCAUCUAUAGAAAGUACUGUAAGCAUAGAAACUCAACAAAUAAUUUUUCUUUUUCAUUUUUACAGAUAUCUAUUGUCUUUCAAUUUUUUUCCCUGUUGGAAGACAUUUAUUAAUUUGUUGAGAGUUGAUAUUGAAGUGAAUUUCUGUA